GACCGACAAAGCGCAGCUUUGUUGCACCUCGCUCGUGUCUGGAACCGCCGGGAAGGUCGUCAGAGAGUGUGAAAGACGGGCGAAGCAGUGAGCAUCUUCUCGACAGGCCAGCUCCCUGACCAGCGCCGCCGCCGCACCCACGCCCACAACCGUCCCCCGCCCGGGCCCACCUUGGGUCGUUUCCGUCGGUGCGCACGGAGUCGGAGCACAGAACCGGCCGCCGGCCAAGAGCGCCAGCCGAGAGAACAGAAGCAUCAAAGCGAAGGCAUACAGGACCGGGACCAGGGCCGUUGUCCUCUGCAUGUGCUGCUACUUGCCAGCCACUAUCGGUGUCGGCGUCCAGAAGUAGACCGGCCAGACAACCAGCAAGAGCCGCUCGUCGGUAAUUUACCCCUUUCAAACUCUUGAACUUCAAGAGUCUCCGGCCUCGUCGCCAGAGGGCAUAGCCUCCCCGCCCGCCUACGAGAUGGGUCCGGAACCGGUGCCCAAGAUGAGGGGUCUGGACGGGAAUGAGAUUAGCACCGGCGCAUCGACAGCGGCGAACACCCUGAGGUGCACUCUGCAUCCACAGAUCCUCACAUUCACCACCUUUGACGAAUACGACGCCCACUACAACAAGCAACACGUGAAUCGCUGCCACGAAUGCAACAAGAACUUCCCUUCGGAUCACAUUCUGAGCCUCCAUAUCGAAGAGUGCCACGACUCCUUCGUGGCGGCACUUAGAGAUAAGGGCGAGCGCACAUACUCGUGCUUCGUCGAAGACUGUGAUCGCAAAUGCAGAGAUCCGUCAAAGCGCCGUCGUCAUUUGAUCGAUAAGCACAUUUAUCCACCAAACUUCUUCUUCGAUGUGACGAGGUACGGCAUCGACGGGAGACAGUCGCUUUUAUGCGACGUGGGCGGGCAUCGAAGAACGCAGUCCAAGGAGGCCAGACAUGCUGCAGCGAAGGCUAGCGCAGCAGCCAGAGAAGCAGGAGAUGGGCAGACCACAGAUGGUGCCAGCAAGGAGAGGCCCCGCAAAAGCGGCGUAAACAAGGACGACACCAGGGCAAAAGACCCAGAGCCGCAUGUGGCACACUCAGCUCCCAGCAAGGAUGUGGAGAUGGAGAUGGACUCCUUGUCCAGCGGCAUGUCGUCGCUGAAGCUUGUGCCACGAUCCAUCUCGUUUGGGAGAGGGGGUCGCAGAGGAGGAUUCACUCGAACAUACUGAGCUUGCAGGUCUCACACACAAUACAUGUCGUUCAGCCUGUGUUGCAGGCUAGACCGACCUGUGGCAAACGGUGAAAAAAGUCUUCUGAGGGCUCUGGUAUUAGCUAGUGAGUUUGGAUAAAACAUGAAGGUCCACGACACGUACGCCAAUAUGGAGAAUCCAGAUGCCUCAGGAGCAUCAUUCUUUAUCUACUUCAAUUCGCGAGUCGAUGAUGCAGUAGCCACUGCGUGGAUGGCGACGGCA